CGGAAUUAUUUCAACAGUAAAAUUGUAUUUUGAUUAUUUGUUUUUAAUAACCAGGUUUGGAACAAUGAUAGGUAGCAUAAUCUUCAGUGUUUGAGCAUAUUGGUUUAAGUAAAUUGUAAGUUUCAGAAGUUAGGUUUUAUGCUGCUAAUAUGGCAGCUUGUUCAUCUCCUUGUUUUGUACCAUUUGAAUCUCAAGCAACUGUUGGAGUGCUAACCUUUUCAAAAGGAUAUAGUUUGAAGGAGAGGUGGAUUGGUAAAGCUAGUUUCCUAAAGGGUUUUCAUAAAAGUGGUUUCUUUGGUGCUUGCCAAAGGAAAGGAGGUUUGCCAAGUUUCUUGAAGUUUAAAUGCUCUGUUAAUUCUAAUAAUGUUAGCCCAAAUAAUGGUAAAGAGUCUUUUCUGGAUCCUGAAAUUUUGAUGCAUAGCGUUGAAGAAGAUGAUGCAUUUCCUAGCUUGAGGAAAGAAAGUUAUUCUAGAAACAUCACUGAGAGCUUGAGUGAAUCCUGCAGCCGAAGUAGCUAUAGUGAAGCUAAGAUCAAAGUUGUUGGAGUUGGGGGUGGUGGGUCUAAUGCUGUUAACAGGAUGAUUGAGAACUCAAUGAAAGGCGUGGAGUUUUUGAUAGUUAACACAGAUGCUCAAGCCUUGGAGAUGUCUCCUGUGUUGCCAAAGAACCGUUUGCAAAUUGGCGAGGAGCUGACUAGGGGUCUUGGUGCUGGUGGGAAACCAGAAACCGGCAUGAAUGCUGCCAAUGAAAGCAGAGCAGCAAUCGAAGAAGCAGUUCAUGGUGCAGACAUGGUAUUUGUGACGGCUGGAAUGGGUGGAGGAACUGGCACUGGUGGGGCUCCGGUAAUUGCUGGCAUAGCAAAGUCGAAGGGAAUUUUAACUGUUGGCAUUGUUACUACACCAUUUUCUUUUGAGGGAAGGAGGCGGGCAAUUCAAGCUCAGGAGGGAAUUGCAACCCUGCGUGAAAAUCUGGACACACUUAUUGUUAUUCCCAAUGACAAGCUGUUGACUGCAGUUUCACAUGCCACCUUAGUAACAGAAGCAUUUAAUUUGGCGGAUGAUAUACUUCGUCAAGGUGUUUGUGGUAUCUCUGAUAUAAUUACGGUGCCAGGUUUAGUUAAUGUUGAUUUUGCUGAUGUACAUGCUAUCAUGAAAGAUGCAGGUUCUUCUUUAAUGGGGAUAGGAACUGCAACUGGCAAGAACAGGGCAAGAGAUGCUGCAUUGAAUGCCAUCCAGUCACCUUUGCUAGACAUUGGGAUUGAAAGAGCUACUGGUAUCGUGUGGAAUAUAACCGGUGGAACUGAUUUAACUUUAUUUGAGGUGAAUGCUGCUGCAGAGGUUAUAUACGACCUUGUUGAUCCAAAUGCCAACUUAAUAGUUGGAGCGGUGAUAGAUCCAUCUCUCAGUAACCAAGUCAGCAUAACACUGAUUGCCACUGGAUUCAAGCACCAAGAAGAUAGCAAAGGCAAGGGAAUUCAGCUAGUAUCUGGUGAUGAUUCCAUUGGUUUCAAUAAGCGUUCUCCUUAUACCGAUGAUGGUUCGCCAGAGAUUCCUGGGUUCUUAAAGAAGAAAGGCCGUUCACGUUAUCCGCAACUCUGAUUUUAUUUUCUUGAAAUGUAAAUCUCUUCUCAUUUAUGUUUAAGCUUUCUCAAGUUUUAGAUCUUUUCAGAAGAUUGCAUUAGAGUGCCUUUUUGGCAAGAAGCAAGUUCAUAUUUUCUUAUUAAACAACCCUGUUGAAUCUAUCAGAUUAGGGUUAAAUAAAGUGUUGAUGCCUUUCUUUGUAUGCUCUAUUUGGUGUAUUCAA